CAUCUUACGAGGUGACGCUACCGGAAGUGGUACAACAAACCGACGUGCGAGCGGAGCGACCUGUGAAUUAUUGCUGCUAAUUCUACGCAUCACCUCUUUUCGUCUAGUUGAACACUCUCACCUCAGCAAGAAUGACUGAUCGAUACAACAUCCACAGUCAGCUGGAGCAUCUCCAGUCGAAAUACAUUGGCACAGGACACGCAGACACCAGCAAGUGGGAAUGGCUGGUUAACCAGCACAGAGACUCUUACUGUUCCUACAUGGGACAUUUUGACCUGCUCAAUUACUUCUCCAUUGCUGAGAAUGAGAGCAAAGCACGCGUUCGCUUCAACUUAAUGGAGAAGAUGCUUCAGCCAUGUGGACCACCAGCAGACAAACCUGAUGAUGCCUAGUUCACGCAGGAGUGGCCUCUGGAUCUCCCUCGUUUUGUAGGAUUUUGAUAGUUUGGGACACACUGAUUUGUACCAGCAUUUUUUUUUUUUUUUUAACAUUUUCUUUAUUUACUUUUCUCCUUUUUCAUAACUGAACAUUUCUGACAGCAAACUGAGGACUACUGCAGACCUAGGAUCAGACAUUGUGUAUACAUCUGGACCUGGACUAUUGUUAGUAUUUUAUCCAUCUAAAAUAAUUACUUCUGCCGGCAAUGUCUCUGCAGCUCUUGAAGUCAUCAUUAGGGAGUCUUGCUACUAAGCAAAGACAGGAAAAUUAAACAAUUAAGAGAUCUCAACAAUCACUCUUUGUUAAUGUAACAGUAGAAAUUGCAAAAUUAAAUUAAUUCUGUCAUAUACUUGUAUCCUCUAAUGGAUUUGUGUCAUUAAGUUUUCCUUUUUGAGUUCAUUAAAUGCCUUUUUCCACAU